AUGUCUGCUUCGUUUAAGAAAAAUACCCGUACUCCACGUCGACAUUCUUUGUCUGCGGAGAGCCCCAGUUCUGUAGCUAAUGGAAUAUCGAGCCUGUCAGGGGGUAGAUUGACAGCCAGCUAUCCUCCCCUCGUCUCGUCGCCCGAGGACUCUGAGAUGGGUGGACUUGAACGCUCGUCAGUUGGGGUUGAUCAACAUGCUUAUGCUGACAAGUGCAACCGACUGAUGAAUUUGCUGGGUGGCACUUCUGCUCUCUUAAAAGGCCUUCGCGAGAAUAACAAUCGCUGGCUUAUCCUAUAUCCACACCAGACUCCGCAAAAAAUCCAGCGCGCUCAGUCAUUUUCGGAAAAAGGUAAUAGUAACGAUCGCUAUCCGUUAAAGAGGUCAAACAGUUUUUCCGUCUCGCAGAAUGGAAAUUCAGAUUUGAUGGAUGAAGAUAGUCGACUCGUGACGAGCGUGGACACCCUCGAGUUCCAUACCAGGCUAAAUGUGCUCAAGCUGGAAAUGAAAUCGCACGACCAUCAAUCGACAGAGGAAAUCAUGGAAAGUCUCGAGAGAAGUUCCAUUGCUGAGCUUCUUAACAAGCGCAUCGAGAGUGGUCUAAAACAUCUGUCGAAUCUCCACGCUCGAAUUGCCGAUAAAAGUUCAAAGGUUUUGGUUGCUGGCGACCUUAAUGCUGGAAAGAGUACUUUGGUAAAUGCUCUCCUCCGUCGACAAGUGUUACCUGUAGACCAGCAACCGUGUACAACAAUGUUCUGUGAGGUCUUGGAUGCUCGCGAGAAUGGUGGGGUCGAAGCUAUUCAUGCUAUCAAAAAUAUUGAAUCUUACAAUCGGGAAGAUCCUGCAACUUUCACUGAAAUACAAUAUGCUGACCUAUACGAAACUGUUUCUGAACAUGGUGAUAUUUAUAAACAAUUGAAAAUUUAUUGUCGUGACCGUCGCAUUUCGGAAGAAAGUCUGCUCCAUAAUGGAGUUGUGGAUAUUGCGUUGGUCGAUUGUCCUGGGCUUAAUAGCGAUUCCUUAAAAACAAUGGCCGUUUUUGCAAGGCAAGAAGAAAUCGAUGUCAUUGUAUUCGUUGUCAGUGCGGAGAACCAUUUCACUCUUUCGGCCAAUCAAUUCCUGCGAACCGCCUCCAAUGAAAAAGCUUAUCUGUUCAUAAUCGUCAAUAAAUUUGAUGAAAUCAAAAACAAGACAAAAUGCGAAAAGAUAAUCUUGGAUCAGAUUCAGCAAAUAUCACCGAGGACUUACGAGCACAGUGAACAUCUCGUUCAUUUCGUAAGUGCUAACUCCAUCAACCUCGACAAUCCCUAUGAUCAAAAGGUUGCUGAAUUUGAGAAAAUGGAGGAAGACCUGCGCAACUUUGUAUUGAAAAAACGGUCAAAAUCAAAAUUAGCUCCCGCUGAGCAUUAUUUGAGUAACAUUCUUGCCGACAUUUCUGUACUUUCCGAGUAUAACCAUGACAAGGCUGAGGAAGAAUAUCAGAACGCUGUCUCAGAAUUUAACGAAGCCAAACCGCUAUACGAUACAUUACGCGUGAAACGCAAUCAAGUCAUCGAAGAAGCAGAGAAAAUUGCUGAAGAUACUAGUGCGAAUAUCCAUAAACAUGCAAAAGAAAAUCUUGAGAAGGCUAUUAAUGGCAUUUACAACUUGCCCACAAAAUGCGAAUGGUCUAGCAUCCUUUACGUUUGGCAGUAUGUUCUUGAUGUCAAGGACGAAGCACUUGGUUCAAUUGAGCAGGCAGCGCGAGAGAACGAAGACUUUGCAAAGAACAUGACCGUUGAAGGCGCUGAAAAGAUUGAAUCACUAGCAGAUGCGAAUCAACUAAGCGGAGAAGCUCGUCAAGUUAAUAUUAACAAGCUAUUUGGUAAACAACCCACAGAAUUAUUGAUACACAUAGGACCAACCGAUCUCUUCAAUAUCGAUUUCGAAUUUACUGACAAACUUGGCGAGAAUCUCAGUGAUAAACUACAGAUGGCUACGCUUUCAGGCGGUGCAUUGGUGGUGGUUGCUAGUAAAUACCUCGGCUAUAAAUCAGCCUUGACUACUUUAUGGCGAUUUGGAAAUUUCGUUGGCUUUGAUAAUAUGAAAAAAUUGGCCAUUCCACUUCUUCUCAUAGCAGGUGCUGGAACCACAUACUAUCUCUUCAGUGAUAUGCAACGCGUUGUUACCUGCAAAGUACGGCAAAAGGUCCGUAAGCAUCUUAUAGCCGAGAAUUACGCUGACGAAGAAGGCAAACGUUUAGCUCGUUAUGGACGUAAAGUUAUGCGCAAGAUUACCAAUGAUCUUCAGAUCCGUUUCCAUGAUGCCGUCCAAGAGCAAGAAAAGAGAUGCAAGAGGUUGCGUGAAGCGUUAAAGGAAACGGGCGAGGCCAAGCAGUACUUUGGUGAUGUAUUCAAGAAAUCCGUAGAAAUGUCGGAAACUUUGAGAUAUCUCAAAAUUGAUUUAGAAGGCAAUUGA